AAACAUGGCCUCAAUAAAGUUAUCUUCAGAAACUUUUUCGAUAGAAAAGAAAACUGAUGUUGAACAAUUAGAUCCAGUUCCGGAAAUUAAUGAAAGUAUAGUUACGCAAAUUUUUGAUCGACCGUGUGAAGAAGGCGAAUUUAAUGAAAUAUCACCGAGGAUUUUUACUCGUAAAGUUGUAAACGACAAACUUAAUAUAGAAUCUUUAGUUAAUGCCAUUUACGAGCUUGGGAUAGUGAAUCUUUGUUGGCCGGAAAUAAAAGAACCAGUUUUUGAAACAAGAUCAUGCUUUCCGAAGAGUUAUUAUACGAACACUGAUAAAGAGAGACUUUUACUUGCCUAUGCUGAAAAUUUUAGGCGCCAAUUUCUGUUAUUUUACAAGUUUCGAAGACCUUUGUUACUACAAGCGCCUAAUGAAUGUGGUUUGCAGAAAAUGGUUUGUACGACGAUUAGACCUACAAAACUCUGCUACUCCGACACCACUACAUGGCAAGGGAUCGCUACGUUGGUUUCGGAAUAUUUUGAUUAUGAACCACUUGCGAAACCCAUGCUGCACCCUGAACGCAUAAUGUCUCCGUACACGGCGAUCAUCCGUCGCAGCGGCAACCCAUUCGAGCUGGCGCACGUGCUGGUGUCGUGGCUGGUGGGCGGUGGGUACGAUGCGUACGUGGUGGUUGGCUGCGCGCAACGCGACGUCUGUAUGGCGAUACGAUAUCGCACCGACUGCCCGCACAUACCUGAUGAAAACCCGGUAGUUGAAGAACCGCCCCCGCCAGAGGCAGAACCGCGUUAUCGCCUUGUGCCUUUGCCGGACUUCUCGUCGAAAUACUGCAAGGAUAUGGAAAAAAAGGAGGCAGACCAGAGACAAGCUGAGAUCGACAAAGCGGAGAAAGCGAGGAGAGACAGAAUCGCGGAAUUCGAAAAGCCUCCACCGGACAAGAUAGAUGGGUGGCGGACACACGCAUGGGUGCUGGUGCUACCAGGCUUCAUGGGCAUCGAGGAGCCAUUCUUCAUAGAGCCUAGUGAGGGCAACCGAUAUCCCGUGGACGCUAACCAGUACCAGCAGCUAGAUUCUGUUUAUAACAAUGAAAAUUAUUAUGUAAACAUCCAGUCGUGUGCUGACGGUCUAGGCAGCCUGAACUACGACCUAGGCGACCUGCAGUGUUGGGAGCAUCUGCUGGCCGGGGAGCCGCACCACCGCAGGCAGCUGGUCGGCAUCGAUACAGCUGACAAGUCUUCAGCAAUACACACAGAGAAACAUCUAGACGCGCCCGCCAGUUGGGUUGAGAAGUUGGAUAUUAGUGCGGACGAAUACGAGCAGCGCUACCCUGGUAGUCACAAAGUAAUUCAUUACAAGAAGGUGCUAAUGGAGCAGUUUUCUCCGUACUCGCAGGCAAAUGGCAUCGUCAAAAGGAUCAAGAUAUUCGAGGACUAUGCGCUGAGUGUGCCAUUACUUACCUACGAAUGGUAUCAAAAUAGAGUGGACAAGAUGAAGUACUCACGACUAGACCAUAAGAAAAAAGAGAUGCGGGAGACUUUCGGAAUUGGCAGGAAGGAUCAUUUGUUAAAGCACGAGUACGCGCUGGAGGCGCCGGUAACGUCAGUGGAGGCGCACCGUACGCUGUACUUCAACUACUACCCGAGACUCGACCACCUCGAAAGAAUAGAGUGCACGCCGCUCACCUUCGACGAGUAUUAUAUUAACAGGAGCGAUAGGUUAGAAUCAAGAUUUAUAUCGUACACCGAAGGGACCAAGGCAGAACCAAAACGCAGCCUCAAAGACGUCAUAGAGACGUACAGUAGGAACCCCGAUGUUCCUGCCAAAGACGACGUGUGGAAAAGGAUCUUUCAUAUACAGGAAAAUGCAAUCGAACUGCUCUACCAUUAUGACUAUAAUUUCGUAACAAACGAUACACGGAGUUUUAUUAAGCCCAAUUUAGCUGAGACUGGCGGAAAAAUAUUAUUCUAUCCUGAUAAGACUACGGGUUAUGUCGCCAAUCCCAUCGCGAAGCAGCCGCGUCCAUUAAACGUGUACUACGCGCUGUGCGAUAACAUGGCGUGGGAGCAACGCAGCAACAAGCACAUACGCGACCGCGAGGCCGACAUCAUCGAUUACCUCGCGCACCGACACCACGAGCUGACAGAACCUCAGCUGUAUGUCGCGCUCUUUGACACCGAGAGGAACGAGGAGGCCAAACGUGGCUGGAAGGAACAGGAGACACAAAAAGCAGAAGUGACAGAGCGGGAGAAGGAGGCGGAGAUCGACCCCCUGGCGCCGUACCUAGCGCGCAUGUUCGGCAGCGGGCACGGCGCGGGCGCGGGCACCGCACUCACUUACCAACAGGCGGCGCUGCUGCACGAGCAAUGCGUUACUGACUUCAAAGCCAAGCAGCUUGAGCGACAGAAUCUCAUACAGACCAGAUAUGAUAAGCUCAAUGGUGAAUACAAGGCCAAGCGGCUGUGGUACCUCGCCAACCAGUUUAUCUUAACUCCAGAGAAAGAGUCUGCAUAUUUUGCCACAAGCGCGGAGCUGGCGUUCCGCGUGCACUCUCUGGAGGUGCGGCUGACGCGACACCGGGAUCUCUCCGGCCCGAGGUUCCGCGCGCUGGAGGACUACCUAAACAAGCACCCGCUGCUCAAAGACUACAACAGGAUGAGGAAACUGAAGGCUUUGCAGGAAAAGUUAUAG